AACUACAGAACCAGCUUUCGCAAAAGAUGACAGCAAAAACCUUUAGGUAGUAUACUUCGUAUCACGAUCACAGUAAGUUAAUUGAAGUGACAUUCGUGACUUUUGAUAAUUCGACCCCCUCUACUAUCAUAUCGUGAGUGUUAUCGAACGAAUUUAAAGGAACGAUAAAUAUUUGGGGAUUACUUUGUAAUAGAAGUGACUUGAAACACAUUCUACAAUGGCUCAUAGAUCGAAUCCACCCAUCAAAUACACCAAGUUAUUUAUAAAUAACGAGUUUGUGGAUGCUGUUAGUAAGAAAACUUUUCCAGUUCUCAAUCCUGCAACAGGCAAAAAAAUUGCUGACAUCGCAGAAGCUGACAAGGAAGAUGUCAAUAAAGCAGUCGCAGCUGCCAAAGCAGCCUUUGAACGCAAUUCCGAAUGGAGAACUAUGUCGCCGGCUUCAAGAGGUGAACUGAUACUGAAGCUUGCGGACCUAAUGAAACGCGACAAGGAGUAUUUAGCUGCCUUAGAGUCGUUGGACAAUGGUAAAACCUACAAAAACGCACUUCACGAUGUGGGAUUUUCUAUUGAUGUGCUGAAGUAUUACGCAGGAUACUGCGAUAAAAUUCACGGAAGUACAAUUCCCUCUGAUGGCAAUUUUAUGACCAUGACAAUUAAAGAACCAGUGGGUGUUGUUGGACAGAUAAUUCCGUGGAAUUAUCCUCUUGGGAUGGUGGCGUGGAAAUGGGCGCCAGCCUUGGCCACGGGAUGCACGGUUGUUCUCAAGCCAGCUGAACAAACACCUUUGACAGCUCUCGUACUCGCUGCAUUGGCAAAGGAGGCUGGAUUUCCAAAAGGAGUAGUAAAUGUACUUCCAGGAUAUGGGCCAACCGCAGGCGGUGCGAUUGUUCAACAUCCAGGCAUUAAUAAAGUUGCUUUUACUGGAUCUACUGAAGUUGGCAACAAAAUUAUGGAAGGUGUUGGUCAAAGCAAUCUGAAGCGCGUGUCACUUGAACUUGGAGGAAAGAGUCCUCUUGUUAUAUUUGAUGAUGUAGAUGUUGAUAGGGCUGUUGAAAUUGCUUAUGGAGCAUGUUUCUCUAACCAUGGACAAAAUUGUUGCGCGGGAUCACGCACAUACGUGCAGGCUGGUAUUUAUGAUGAAUUUGUUAAGAAAGCUGCAGAAAAGGCAAAGCGUACGAAAGUAGGUGAUCCAUUCGCUGAAGAUACCGUGCAAGGUCCUCAGGUAAAUCAAGAGAUGCUUGAUAAAGUUUUAAGACUGAUAGAAAGUGGAAAAAAGGAAGGUGCUCAUCUUCAAACCGGAGGUUGUCGCAAAGGAAAUGAAGGCUACUUUGUUGAACCAACCGUAUUUUCCGAUGUUAAAGACGACAUGACAAUUGCAAGAGAAGAGAUUUUUGGUCCAGUACAAAGCAUUUUAAAGUUUGAGACCUUGGAAGAAGUUAUUAAAAGAGCUAAUGAUACGACCUACGGUUUAGCGGCGGGAGGAUUGACAAACAACAUUACAACUGCUCUUGCUUACGCCAAAUCCGUGAGAGCUGGAUCUGUGUGGGUUAACUGUUACCACGCUUUCUCACCCCAGGCGCCAUUCGGAGGAUUUAAACAAUCUGGAAUAGGAAGAGAGUUGGGAGAAGAAGGACUCAAAGAGUACUUAGAAUUGAAAACCGUAUCAAUAAAAGUGUAAUCGUUUAUCCUCGCGUUUAUCACACCAUUUUCUCUAAAUGUAUGUUUUAUAAUGUAAAACCUACUGAUUAAAACUAAUGAAUUGGAAA